AUGACGGUCAAUGGCACUGCUUCGAUCAAGAAGCCAAUCUCGCAAGCCGGCGUCAGUCUACAAUCUGGCCAGGACAACCCAAACCCAAUCCGCCAUGGAGGAAUGGGCCAAGCAGAACGAGCGUUCUCCGCUGCAUCAACGUUCCUGUCCGGAGUCAUGGCUAUAUCGGCAUCCCAGUUCAUCGGAGCGCCGCUCAAGUUGGUCGAUGUCAAAUUCUACGAAGCCUACAUGGCCUGGACGAAGGAGUCUUUCGCUGUAUUGGUAACUACCAUCACGCAAUGGUGGGCUCCAACAGUAGUUCGGGUCAGCGGAGACGAAAGCAUGAAAGAUCAAAUCUUUCAGAUGGACGAUGGAACGCUCAAGUGCAACUUUCCUCAUCGACUGGUCUUGAUGGGGAAUCAUCAGCUAUACACAGACUGGCUUUACCUGUGGUGGAUCGCCUACACCAACAAUACCCACGGCCGAGUCUACAUUAUCCUCAAGGAGAGUCUCAAGAAAGUCCCCAUCAUCGGCUGGGGCAUGCAAUUCUACAACUUCAUCUUCUUGAGCCGGAAUUGGGAGCAGGAUCGGUACAAGUUCAAGCAUCAUCUCGACCAGCUCAAAGAUCCAGAUGACCCAAUGUGGCUGCUCAUCUUUCCCGAGGGCACGAAUCUCUCCGAAAGCACAAGGGAAAAGUCUGCAAAGUGGGCAGAGAAGACAGGUGUUUCUGACAUGAAGCAUCAACUAUUGCCUCGAAGCACUGGACUGCAGUUCUGUUUGCAGGAACUACGAGCAUCGACGAAUUGGCUUUACGACUGCACAAUCGCCUAUGAGGGCGUGCCGAAAGGGAUGUACGGUCAAGACAUUUUCACCUUGAAGUCAUCCUUGUUUGAAGGGCGUCCACCGAAGUCCGUCAACAUGUACUGGAGACGAUACAAGAUUGCCGACGUUCCCUAUGAAGAUAGCGAAGCGUUCAGUCGUUGGCUACUGAAUCGAUGGAGAGAGAAGGACUAUCUUCUCGAAUACUACUACAAAUUUGGAAGCUUUCCGGCAGAAGAU